GAAGUCCGCUGAAACCAUUUUGUAACGCAUACCAGGUAGAAAAAUUAAAUAACUUUCGGGUUAGCAAGUUUUGACGAUCAAUUAAAAUCGAGAUGGAAGUAUCCGGAGAGAGACGUGACCCUGACCUUGACAAGGGCUCCGCAGACGCUACUGUCUACUGUCAGCCGUGUGAAGAGGAAGGCAAAUGCACUGUAGCCCAGAACUUCUGUCAGACCUGCGAGGAGUACAUGUGUGAUCCAUGCAGCAAGGCCCAUAAGAGAUUUAAGGUGACCAGGAAUCACGUCAUGUUGUCUAAAGAUAAGAUGCCGUCUUUCUACCCGUCCACCAAGCAGUCUGACAUCGGCCUAACUGAAUAUUGUAGAACACAUCCGAAGGAGGUGAUCAAGUUUUAUUGUCCGACCCACAGCGACCUUGGUUGUGGUGACUGUAUAGUCAUUGGUCAUCGCACGUGCAAAGUCGACUACAUUGCUGAUGUGUCUAAAGAUUUCACCAAUGGAAGUGAAUUCAGGGAGUUGGAACCAUCUAUUAAACGAGCAGAAGAUGGGUGCAUAAGUAAAGUAAAGGAGCUUUUUGACGAGGUUGAACACCAGUCUAAGGAUGAGAUCGACAGGCUGAGAAGGUUCCGGACAGAUAUCAAUACCUACCUGGACCGACGCGAGAAGGAGUUGCUCGGCAACGUCCAGAAAAUGAAGACCGAGGAUGAAAGCGCGUUGACUGAAAUAAAGACUGAUUGUGAGUUGGCGAAAAGCGGACUUGUGGCCACUAGGACAGAACUGACUUCCGGGGACGUCUCGGAUAAUCAGCGAUACGUGACGGCAAGGAGGAUCCAGAAGGAGCUACGAGAGAUUCAUGACAAGAUGGAGGAUGGCAGGAUGAAGGCCCGGAAGUAUCGAUUUGUUAAAGACGCGGACACGGAGGGGCUGCUGGGAUCGAAAAUGGGCCUUGGAUCACUGGACCUUUCGGAAGAGUUUGUUCCUGUUCCUGACCUCUCCACUGUGACAUGGAAGAAGGAGGCAGAUAUCAACGUUAGAAUGACUCAGGACAAGAAAACCUGCUGGAUAAGUAGCUCAGCCCUGAUCUCACCUGGUCUCUUCCUUCUCGCUGACUGCAAUAAUAACUGUGUCAAACUGGUAGACGUUAGCAACCGCAUCGUCACGUCCAGCCUGCAGCUGCCAGGCUACUCCUGGGACGUGUGUGUUCUCCAUGAUGACCAGGCCGCCGUCACUAUCACGAAUAAUUCCAUGAUUCAGCUGUUGUCAACAAAAGGAGGACAGUUGUCGCGUGGAAAGGAAAUUAAAGUAUCACAGUGUUGUGGUAUUACGUCUUAUGACAACAGAUUAUACGUUUUGUACGCAUCAAACCCGCGUAUUGAAGUGAUGACAUUGGAUGGUCACAUCAUAAGUACAUUCCAAACAGAUGAUGGAAGACAACUUUUCCAAGCACCUUAUUACCUGACUGUGUCAGCAUCAACACCACCGACCCUGUACGUGUCUGACUCUGAUGCCAACACCGUUCUCCAGCUGUCCCUGGACGGGAAGGUCCUGCGUGAGUACCGAGACAAGCAGUUCACCUGUCCCAGGUCCGUGGUGAAGGUAGGGCCUGGUCAGAUGCUCGUGUGUUGGGUGAACAGCAACAACGUGAUGCUGCUGACGGAGACGGAUGGAAAGAUGGCGGAAAUACUGGGAGAGAAGGACGGAGUGACCAAUCCCUUCUCCGUGUCCUUCUGUCCUCACACACGUGCCAUAGUUGUCGGGAUGUUCUGUCAUGACUCACUGAAGGUCUUUAAUGCAAAUAGACAGAAUUUUCUUUACCAGUCGUGAUUUUGUUUUCUCUGGCAUAAAUUACUUUGUAUUCAAUGAUGUUUGAGCAAGCGAAUAGUAAAUGCAGUUAUUUUUGUUGUUCAACAAAUGCUUAUUUGCUCAUUGUAAACGAGUUUUAUCAAACUGAAUGAACAUUGCUAUAUAUGCGGAACAAAAAAGGGAAGAAUGGUAGUAUAGUAAAAUGUGUCUCCGAAGUUUUGUAAAUAGCCAAAAAAUCAUAGAUGCUUAAUGACAUAUACAUGUGCCUUAUAAAUACUAUUAGUAUUUUGCAGUUUUAUUUUGCAAAAAAACUAGGAUAACGAAUUAGUGUAUAUGAUGUAAUUCUAUAAAGCACUGAUUCAAUCAUAUUUUUGGGUGACACCGUGUUUAUUACUUUUGUUUUUUAUGUUCUUUAUAUAGAUCUUUGAUUUUACAAAAUGAUCAUUACCUUUAUAAAUCUAAAACUUCUCUAAACAAAAGUCUUGAUGUAGAUGUAUAUUCCUCAUGGUUAUGCAGUAAAAAAUAUAUGUUUGACUUACUGUAAAACCAAUAUUUUGGGUGAACUUUCUUAUUCAAAUAUUUUGGGUGAACUUUCUUAUUCAAAUUUUAGACUUUAUAUCAGAAUUGUUUUAAAUAUGUUAAACCUGACCUCGCAUAAAAUACGACUACAUUUUACGUUAAUGCAAUGAAUUUUGAAGAUUCUAUGCUGAAUAUUUAAAAAGAAAAUUUCCAAGUUGAAUCCAGCCUCCAUUAAAAAAGCUUAUAUUUCUUAAAAACUGACAAGCAUGUCUUUAGACUUUCAGAUUAUCUUCUUUUAGAAGAAUAUUAUUGACAAUGUCUGUAAUCUGUCUAAGUUAGGCAUAGAAUGAAAAUAACCGUAUAUUUCCCUUACAAUGGAUUCUUGGGUGUUCUCACUUUCACAACAAUUUUGUAUUAUUAUUUACUUUUCUUUCUUCUCUAUUGUGGAACUAGUUUUCUGUAUUAACCUUUAACCAAUAAAUGUAUUUAAAAACUUUAACUCAUCUUACUAUG